UGAUAACACAGUCUAUAGCUCCUGUGGUAACAGUGACAUCAGCACCAGCAGUUGAUUCAACAGCACCAAGUGGACCUGACAGUGCAGUGUUUCAGGGAAAUUUCAACCCUCCUCCAGGACCAUUUGGCCCACCUCCACCAUUUACAAGACCACCAUUAGGGCCGGGCCCUCCACAUCCACCACCCUUUGAUUACCAUGCUCCAUGGCAAGGUCCACCACCCUCGGGACCUGGUGGCCCAGGCUUCCCGAUGCCAGACUUCAGUAAGCCCCCUCCAGGAUUCCCGCCCCCGGGGAUGCAGAGGAUGCCCCCUCCAGAUAUUGAUCUCACUCCGUCAGUCCCAUACUAUGAGUUACCAGCUGGGUUAAUGGCUCCACUUGUUAAACUUGAAGAUCAUGAUUAUCGGCCAUUAGAACCACGAGAUAUCCGGUUACCUCCCCCUAUGCCACCAAGUGAACGUUUAUUGGCAGCGGUUGAGGCAUUUUAUAGUCCUCCAUUUCAUGACAGACCUAGGGACAGUGAAGGAUGGGAAAAACUUGGUUUGUACGAAUUUUUCAAGGCUAAACAAAAGGCAAGGAAGUUGAAAGACCAGGAAGAAGGUUCUUCUAGAUCAAGAUCAAGGUCAAGAUCAAGGUCACACUCAAAAUCUAGGUCAAGGUCGAGGUCAAGAUCAGGAUCAUUGUCAAGGUCACCAAGGAGGUCGCCUGUAAGGUCACCACCAAGAAGACGUAGAUAUAACAGCAGAAGUAACAACAGUAGCAGAAGUAGAAGUAGAUCAAGAUCAAGGUCAAGGUCAGACUCAAGGUCACCACUGCCAUACAGAAGGUCAAGCAGGUCACCAUCACCUGUAAGACGGAAAAGAUCAAGGUCGCCAGAUUCUAGAUCUGGAAGUGUAACCCCUCCAACCUUUUCUACAGAGUCAUUUUUGGCCGCAGCUGCUGCAGCUAACACAAACCAGAAUCUUGGUGAGGAAAAUAGAGGUCAUAUGUUGCUGAAGAAAAUGGGUUGGGGUGGUAAAGGUCUAGGAGCUAAGGAACAAGGUAUUGUAGAUCCUAUAGAGGCAGCAGAUGUUAGAGACAGGAAUGAUAUGUAUAAAGGUGUAGGAAUUAAUAUGAGUGAUCCAUUUGAACAGUUCAGGAAAAAUAAAAGCCAGGGAUUUAUUACACGUAUGCAGGCCAGAGACAGUAAUAAAGAUGAGAAGAAAAAGAGGUCUGCAGAUAACUGAAGGAAGGAGGUGUUUGGAAUGAAGGUUUUUCUUCAGCAUUAAAUGAAAAAACACUCUACUUCUUACACUGAAGUAUUGAUUUGCCUUUGUUUAAGUUUGGACAGUCUGUUAUCACCAAUACAUGAUAAAUAUUCUUUUGAAGUUAUGUCAUGUUAUGUAAAAUAAUCAUUACUAUUAUCAUAUCAUCAUCGUCAUCAUCAUCACUUACAUCUUCAUCAGUACAGACAUUGUAAGUAAAAGUGUCAUGUGUUCAAGAAUGGAUCAUGUCGAAAUGUUAAGUGUCCUUUAAGGAAUAAAUGUUAUAAAUGAAA